AAGCAGAAAUCUCCUGGCACUUUAUUGUAUGUACUUACUAUAUUAAUUCACCAACCAGUCUAUAAAUUCUGUCUCAAAAAACAUUAAAAAUUCCGAAGGCUUAACAUCAUUUCAUCUCUCAUUACUUUCUCUCUCUACACUCUCUGAAAAUGGUAAAAAUGGUUCAAGUUAAGACGCUGGUGAUUCCGCUGUUUCUUUCAUUUCUUCUGUUUCCACUAGUCCUCUCAUCAUCCAAUGAUGGGUUACUUAGAGUUGGAUUGAAAAAGAAGAAGUUUGAUCAAAAUAGCCGCAUUGCUUCUCGGCUUGGGUCCAAAGAAAGAGAGGCACUGAGAUCUUCUUUUGAGAAAUAUCUCCUUGGGAACUCUGAAGAUCUAGAGGGUGCUGAUAUUGUUGCCCUCAAGAAUUACAUGGAUGCUCAAUACUUUGGGGACAUUGGAGUUGGUACCCCCCCUCAGACGUUCACCGUUAUAUUCGAUACUGGUAGUUCUAACCUGUGGGUGCCUUCAUCAAAGUGCUACUUCUCGAUUCCCUGCUUCUUCCAUGCCAAGUACAAGUCAAGCGCGUCUAGUACUUACAAAAAGAAUGGAAAAUCAGCUGCUAUUCAUUAUGGUACUGGAGCCAUAUCUGGUUUUUUCAGUGAAGAUAAUGUACAGGUUGGCGACCUCAUUGUUAAGCAUCAGGAAUUCAUUGAGGCUACUAGAGAGCCUAGUAUCACAUUCAUGGUCGCCAAGUUUGACGGUAUACUGGGAUUAGGAUUUCAGGAGAUAUCAGUUGGCAAUGCUGUUCCAGUUUGGUACAAUAUGGUUAAGCAAGGACUUAUUAAGGAGCCAGUAUUUUCCUUCUGGCUGAACCGUAAUACAGAAGAUGAAGCAGGUGGUGAACUUGUCUUUGGUGGGGUUGAUCCAAAGCACUACAAAGGAAAGCACACAUAUGCUCCUGUAACAAGGAAGGGUUAUUGGCAGUUCGAUAUGGGUGAUGUUCUUAUUGAUGGUAAAACGACAGGGUACUGUUCUGGUGGCUGUGCAGCUAUUGCAGAUUCUGGAACUUCUUUGUUGGCUGGUCCUACGACGGUUAUUGCCCAAAUCAACCAAGCUAUUGGGGUUUCUGGUGUCGCCAGUCAGGCGUGUAAGAAAGUAGUUGAUCAAUAUGGGGAAACAAUUAUUGAUCUUUUGUUUUCAGAGGGUUCUCCUAAGAAGGUCUGUUCCCAAAUCGGUGUCUGCACCUAUGACGGAACACAUGGUGUUAGCAUGGGGAUCGAGUCUGUGGUAGAUAAGGAGAGUUCUGAUAGUUCAUCAGAGGGGUUGCAUGAUGGUAUGUGCUCUGCUUGUGAGAUGGCUGUUGUGUGGAUGCAGAGUCAACUCAAGCAGAAUGCAACCAAGGAUCGUGUAAUAAGUUACGCCAAUGAGCUAUGCGACCGGGUACCAAAUCCAAUGGGAACAUCAGGUGUAGACUGCGCCCGUGUUUCUAAGAUGCCUCCGGUUUCCUUUACUAUUGCUGGGAAAGAGUUUGAACUUAGCCCUGAGGAGUACAUCCUCAAGGUCGGUGAGGGACCUGCAGCACAAUGCAUUAGUGGAUUUACGGCUUUGGAUGUUCCCCCUCCUCGUGGACCAAUCUGGAUUCUGGGAGACGUCUUCAUGGGUCGGUAUCAUACUGUUUUCGACUAUGGAAAUCUCAGGGUUGGAUUUGCUGAAGCUGCAUGAUUAACAUUGCCUUUGCACAUCUAGUUUUCUGUGUUUUGUUGGUGUUGAGUAUUACUAGUCGCUGCUUUCCUUGUAAACUUGCGAGCCAAAAAUGUCGAGUUCUCACAUCGUUUAAAUACACAAACCUUCCUCUGAAUGACAGUAAUGCUGUUGUAAAUAUAUGUAUGCUUGUGUUUAUUUACUUUUGUCAAAGCAAUACAAAUGGCUUAUUGACAUUGUUUC